AUGGCGGUCACGGCGAGACCCUCGUUCUUGAUACACGAAGGCCACGGUCUUGGGACAGAUGAGCCCAAGCUCAUCUCGCAAUCGGUACAUCUGCAUGAAGUGCCGACUAAGGUGAUCAAGGUUACCAAGACAGUAGCCAUCAAAGUCCCUGUGCCGUAUCCCGUUAAGAUACCUCAUCACAUCCCAUUUCCGGUGCCGGUGAAACAUCCCUUCGCGGUUCCAGUACCACAGAUAGUGAAAGUACCGCAGCACGUGCCAGUGCCAGUGGAGAGGCCGUUCCCAGUGGAAGUGCAUCAGCAGGUGCCCUUCCUGAUAUCUAAACCGGUGCCUGUACCACAUCCAGUUCCCGUACCACAUCCGGUUACUUUAACCAAGCCGAUCUUUAUCCCGGUGCCAAAAACAAUCUCGAUUCCACAAUCGAGUCACGAUGAAGGUGGCAUUUCCGCUGGAGCUGGAGGCGGAGGUGACCACGGUGGCCACGAGACUGCCAACUACAGCACUUACACCUCUCAAGGCCAGGAAGCCUACGAUCAGCAGACUAAUAACCAGCAGACCCAGUUUCAACCAUCUCAGACCGACUACUCGGCAGAUCAUUAGCUUUCGAAAUGCGACAGGUCGACUGAUUAUGGCAGCGUGCGGGGUCUGCGCGGCUCAGAGGAAAAGUAAAUCGAGAAGUAAAUCAUUGACGUAUGAUGUGCGAGCCGGUCACUUUGAAAGCAGCUUAAGCGAAACGUUAAAGGGUUCCGAUAAGUAAAAUACGAGUACUAAAUAACGAUGCCCUUUCUUGGAAACUUGACUCAUUUUACUUUCAAAAUUGACGGCUCGAUAUAUGAAUAUGAAGUAAUAUUUCUCAAACUUCGUUACAUAUCAUUUUCGAAGUAUUAGAUUUAUAGAAGGAAGGAAGAAGAAUUAGAUAGGAAAUUCAUUUUAUGCUCGGAGACAUAUCCCAAACAAUACGCGUGUCUAAAUGACGUCUUCAAGACAUACUAAAGACAUUAAGACGUUUUAAUGUUCUCUGGGAUAAAAAAUUUAUACAUACAAUAUUGGUAUUGAUUAUAAAAGUAUAAAAAAUUUUUAUUUUCCACAUUUAUCCAUUUAUAUCAUACGUUGGGAAAUAUUAGAUACUUGUACACAUAAUUACGUGGAAAUUUGUUAGCUACUACUGAUAAAAGAAAUGACGCUAAUGUUUCUUCCACAGUAGCAAUAAUCGGCAGUAACGUAUUUCUGUAACAUAAAGAAAGAUUCUUAAAUGUUAUGGAAUACCACUUCUGCGAUUAUGUAAUUGAUUUCUAUUAAACUUAUUGUUAGUUUCUUUUUACAAUUUUAGUCGAAUGUAGUAGUGAAGGUAGAAGUCAUGGAAGUUGUAACGUAAAUGUUCACAAAUUUGGCAACCAAUUUAAAUUAGAUUGCUGCAAGUAGCUUUAGAAAAGGCAAAAGAGCAGAAUUCUUUGAUCAAUUUUUCCCUUUGACGCUGUUGUCUUUACCGCGACUAAUUGUAAAAUUAAUUCAGCUAUUGAUUUCUGAAAAAUUGAUCCUCAAUGGUGCAUUAUAUAUUCUUGUAUAUAGACAAGUAGGUUCUCUGAAAGAUGUUGAGUUUUUGUUUUUACUACUUAAUGUUAUAGUCUUUCAUUUGUUAAUGUUGU